AUGGCCUACCAAAUUAUUACACUUCUAACUAUGGAAGACAUGAAACGUGCUGCGUGCAAUAGUUUCGGCAUUUUAACACCUCAGCCGGAAAGGAAAUACGGUCUUGUUGGCUCUUUCCCUUUGACGAACGCAAAUAUUGAGUUGGUCGAACCUCAGGUGUCAAAUUCCCAGGCUUCUACCGGGAUUUCUCACUUUGCAUCUGACUCAUCUUGGGUUUUCUGUGUUCAGAGGCUGCCGAGGGCUGUCAACGAGGUCGGCAAAUUCACGCCAGAUCCCUGGAACAGUGAUCCCUUUACCACACCAAUUCUCAAUUCGCCGCAAAUCGAAUAUCAUGUCGGCGAAAGCGGCAAGUCAUUCUCGGUUCCCAAAGCUGUGAUGGAAUUCCUCUCUCCAAAGCUUGUGCGUAUGCCGCCUUCUGGACAAGGACAGCCCAAUUCCGCUUCAAUCACUCUGAGAGAUAUCGACGAGGCUACAUUCACUCGACUGGUGGAGUACGCAUAUCGCCAAGACUACACGGUCCAAGGUCUCAAAGCCCGCUCCUUUGCCUCCGACGAAGUCAGCGUUUUGCCUUCACUCUAUGAUAAGCUCGAGCGGGGAGAUGAGUAUUCAGAGAGCAACCCCUUCAUCCACGAUUCUGGCAUGGAUUUCCUUCGCGAACUCAAGGGUAGCUACAUAAUGCUCGACAAAUCGAUCCACAAAGAAGCUCUCGAGGCAAAGAAACUCCCUGGCCGCUAUGUUCGCUUUGACACCCUCAACGCCCACAUCGCCCUUUUGAACGUGGCGCACACAUACGAUAUCCAUCCUUUGAAGGAUCUCUGCAAAGCGCACUUCCGCGAGUGUCUGCUUUUCAUGCCUCUCAAUAGGUACACCGUGGCUGAUCUGCUCACUGUCUGGGAUUCUGUUGAGCACAUCGCUGACUGCGCUCCCGGCAAUGCGAUUUGCAACAUUAUCCUGGAUUACUUCGUCGCCACUCUCCCCACUUCGAACAUCAUCCGAGAUUUCGGGAUACACUCGUGCAGGACGAAGCCUUCACCCGCCAACUGCUCGACAAGUUGCCGAAUACUGGAGUCUAUGGGGAAAGCUUUGGGACAGCGGGAAAUUGUCUUCAUCGCGGAGAGGGCUCGACGGAUUAUUAGGGCUUUUGCUUCGGAGUUUGAGUCGUGGAUGACGUCCAUAGGGAAAUCAAAAAGACAACGAGGUCACAAAAUUAUUGUCCGGAAGCGUGAUGCCAGUUCGUUGACAUUUUCCUUUCAGGCCCAUCAUUUCAUUUUGCAUCCCUUCGUAGCCUCGGUCCCCUAUAUCCGGCGCAAAGCAGCCGACACCGGUAUCUCUGGCCGAUAUCUUCGCCAUGUAAGGCAAUGCCAAGGAGGUCACCGCAAAUCAUCACUUCAAUGUCCGGCGCGAUGUGAUCCAUGGUUCCAAAAUGUCGGGAUGAUACCGCGUGGCUCUCCACUUUUCCCCGACCACCCUUAUCUUUUGAGGGAAUUCGCCGACAAUGGCACUUUCAAGACUUAUGAACGGUGUCGCUAUAAAAAGGUGCUGAGCAUGUGGGAGUUGAUCAGCUUUGCCAUCUCAUUCCUUGUUGGGCCGCUAUCACCUGUCAUACCACCAGAUGCUCAUCUCACAAGUACUAUUGGCGCUGGGUGGAUUCCCAACGAUGACCAGGAUAUGUCCGGUCUCACGGUCAACUCGAUCCCAGCAGCGAAACGAGUCGAGUACAUGCAAAAGGCGAACGAGGCGCUCUUCCGGCAAAGCGGACCUUGCCCCUUUGCCGCAUUUGGAACCAUCAUCGUCAACCACACCAGCGACGAAGUUGUCUGCGAGGGAGCAAAUUUCCGAACUGGCGACCCUACUAUUCACGGAGAGAUCUCAGCCAUCAACGCAUGCACAGCCAAGUUUGCUGAACAGGGCAUGACGCCAACGCAGAUCUAUGCCGCAUGGGGAGAGCUAUCAAUCUACACGAACGCCGAGUCGUGUCCAAUGGUAUGUGCUUCAAGUUACCAGGAAGCUGGCAUCAUCGAAUACGUUUAUGGGACCACCAUCCAAUACAACUACAACGUCGGCUGGGGUGUCAUGACUCUCAGCAGUUACGACGUUUUCCAGCAAUCUCGCCAGCUGCCUGGCUAUCAAACGUCCAUGAUCGGACAGAUCCUCACAAACGAGACGGACCCUCUCUUCUCAUGGCAGUACAACGCAAGCGCGCCUUGCCCGAACGAUUGUUUUCGUGUCCCAAGCGCGACUCGAGGCGGAACGACCUGCUCCAAUGUUACUAUCUCCCGAAGGGACUAUGAGGCGCUCCACGCUAACAAUGAUUUCGGUGUCAUGGAAUCACUGAAAUAUGGCUCAUCAAGGAAGAACUUUCGGAUACCUCCUUCCACUAAUCCACCUAUUAGCAGCUCUGCGACAGUCAUGGAACUACCAAAGGCGACUCCCAGUCGGGUUCCGUAUUCUCUAGCACAACGAUGUGGUCGUCUCCCUAGCCGUUCUACAGCGGCUUCGUUCAACAGAGGUAUACCUGAUCUUGAAGGCGUACUCACCUCACGAGUGGUCACCUUUCGGAUCGGUCCAGACCGAAAGCCAUUCCAGAUCCACGAAAAGCUCGUAGCUUCCCGAUCAGUCAUCUUCGACCGCAUGCUGGCCAAUAAUAUGCGCGAGUCCCUCGAGGGCGUUGUCGAUAUUGAAGACGUUGAGCCAGAGGUAUUCACGAGUUUCAUCAACUUUGCCUUCUACGGAAACUACGACGUGCCGACGUCGCACAAAUUCCGAAAGGCGAAAGAUCAGGAGCCUGAAAACGCCAAAUUGAUUCCAGGAGAGACCUACGACUCCCUUCUCGAACACGUCCUAAAAUAUGACUUCAGACUAUCCAAAAAGCAACCGUAUCUACGAUAUCUGACGCUUUUUAUCAACCAAGGAACCCCCGGAAAGCUGUACGGCAUGCCGCCCGGGUUGCCGUGGAAUAAGGACGAGGAACUCGAGGCAAAUUUUGACCUCAUGGUCGCGAAUCGCCUUUUUGGGGAGAUUUGCAUGCAUCACGUUCAACUCUACAUAUUCGCCGACAGAUACGACAUUGCGCAGCUGAGGCAGGUGUGCCUUCACCGCCUCCACAGCUCUCUGACGCGUGCGAGACUCGGCGACCCCGGCUAUCAGCUUCUGUUUGGCGUCAUCGUAUUUGCAUUCACCAACACGAUGCCGGGAGACAAGAUCCGAAAACUGCUGAUUCAGACGUGCGUUGCCGACUUUAGCAUGGUGCGCGCGAUGCCCAGCUUCACCGAUCUGCUGCAUCGCGUACCCGAGCUGGGGAUUGAAAUCAUGACUGAGCUCCCCACGUAUUGGGAGGAAAGGAAGAAGGCGAUCAAUGAUGUCAAUGCAAAGUUUGCAUCGGCACAAUCGGACGCUACAACGAGCAAAGAAAAAUCUUGA